UCUUGUUAGGAUUGUUGUUAAUUAUCCACUCACCUGCAAAUUAGUUAAUCUAAAAUCUUAUUAUAUUAUCAAAGAUGAAGUGAUUCAGAAAAUGGGGGAUUUGGAUUAGGAUUCUUGUCUCUCUUUAAUCAUGUCACCAUCAUCUGAUUGGCCGUCUCAUCUUCUCACCUUUUACGACUCUGUCACUUCUCCAUUCAUCAGCAGACGUUUGCCUAUCAACACCACCAACACAGGUUGUUUAAAAGUCUCCUCCUAAAAAGCAGGAGUCCAUUGAUGGCCCCCACCCGCACCCCACAGUCCCUCUGUUGGAGCUUCAUUGGAGGCGAUGCCCAGAGUGGGAGGGGCCACUGUGUUUUCUUUUUUUUUUCUCCUCUGUGGUAUGCUGAUGGAUAGGUAUAAGACCCCUGGUAGGAAUGCGAUUGGGUUGUGAAAAAACAUCCAAGUGAUUGUGUUGCCUUCAGCCGGUGCAGACACAGAAGCUCCAACAUGCAGCAGCUGACCGUGUGUGUCCUCCUGGCAUCAUGUGCCUGGACAGUGUGUGCAGCAGCAGGGGAUUGGUGCUAUCAGUCCCAGUUCACCUGUGAUCAUCAGUGUAACACUCCUGAUAAGUGGAACAAGGCCAACAGCAACUGUGCAGGAAAAAAUCAGUCACCAAUCAACAUUGUCACCAGAAAGACUGUGAAAGAUAAGACACUGAUUCCCUUCAAGUUCAUCAACUACGAGCAGAAGUUCAGGACCAGCAUCAAGAACAACGGCCAUUCAGUUCAGGUGGUGCUGCCUCACCUCACCACCAUCUCAGAUGGAGGACUGCCCACCACCUACAAGGCUGUGCAGUUCCACCUUCACUGGGGCAACAAUGGAGGGCCCGGCUCUGAACAUACCAUCGAUGGAGAGCAGUAUCCGAUGGAGCUGCAUAUUGUUCACAUGAAGCAUCAUUACACUGAUCUGGGAACAGCACUGUCAGACCCAGAGGGAGUUGCUGUGCUUGGAUUUUUCUACAAGAGGUCUGUUGGCGCAAACCGGAAGUAUGAGCCCUUUAUCAACGCCCUGGGAAGCAUCAGGGCCACAAAUGCAAAUACAAGUAUGUCGGGUAUAUCCCUGACACAGCUUAUUCCACCUGAGCAGAAUCUGACCAACUACUACCGCUACAAAGGCUCUCUGACCACACCAGGGUGUACCGAGGCUGUGAUCUGGACCCUGUUUGAGGACCCUAUCCCUCUGAGCAUGGAACAGCUGCAACUCUUUUCUAACCUUCAGUUCCAUGAUCGUAAGCCAAUGGUGGGAACUUUCAGGCCAGUGCAGCCUCUCAAUGGCCGUCAGGUCUUUCGGUCAGGAAGUGCGGUCAUCCUGGCUAGCUCUGCCCUUCUUGUAGCUGCCACGGUAACAGCCUUGGGAUUGUUCUAGCCUAACGAGCAACUCUACGACAUCCACGAACACACUAUGUUCUAUGGCACUCUUUGGUUAAACCCCAGUUUAUAAUUUAGUCCUUGCAUGACUGCCAAGAGGAAAAGUCAUAUUAUAGUGCAGGCUUGACAUAGUGUGUCUUUUAUUUUUUUCUAGCAAAACAUAUGAUAUAUGCUUUUGUAUAAUGCCUUAUGAAGUGUGCUGUAAGGGUUUAUACAGCAUUCAUGCAUGUGUAGUUAAAAAUAUAUAGAAUUACAUACGUAGUAGCAGCCUAAUUUAGCACCAGCCUUUAUUUUGUUAUCAGAACAAUAAUAUAACACUAUCCGCAGACACAAUACAACUGCAGCCACCGUUUCCAGAGUCAGGUAUAUUUAGUUUUUGCUAAUGUGUCUAAGCUGCUGAUGGUUGUGCCAAAAAAUGCUGAUGCCAGCCUCAUGACCUGGCACAUUGCAAAGUGUCCUCAUUGGAGCAUGGGAACAGCCUGGAGCUAUUAAUAACAGUAACUGAGUCAAGCUCCAUUUCAAAGUGAGUGGUCAAAGGAGUCAAUAAGUUGGCCUUUAGCAGUGCAUUCAGGUAGAAACGUCACAACAACGUCAGUCAGCAGCUGCUGCAGAUAAAUCCUGUCCUCUAAAUGGUUUCUCCUUCCAAUGACACCUUAGCUUCAGAGACGCUAGCGCUGACAGUGACACUGACGCUGACAGGUCAGAAAAGAGGCAGCUCUACUCAUGACAACCCACCUCUUCAGCCCCCCAUCCAAAAAAAAAACUGUCACCACUAGUUUUCAAACCAAUGUCGUCAUGUGUCUCAGAGACUUGCAUGAACCUGCAUGUCUUUAUAUUCCACGUGUUCAUUAAUGACAACAUUAGCAUGUCUGCUGAGGUGUCGUGCACACACACUGGACUGUUGGUCACAACACUUCCCAUUGAUGACCUGUGAAGUUCAGUCAGCUGAACUGGAGAACCUGCGACUGUGUUCGUGGGUUGUACUACAGGCUUUCAGAUGCACUGAAUGUUAUUGACUGUGAAUCACACCGCUCCAAGGUGUCACUCGUUUGUCUGGAAAACUAGCUGUUAGUGACAGUUGUGUGGAAUCUUUCAGCCAAGUUCAUCAUGAAGGACAAGCACGGAAACGGUAUCAUCGGUAUAUUUGCAAUGUUCAUCAGGUUUCAAACUCUACUAUUGUACACGUUUUUGUGUGUUGAAUGUGUAUAUUGAUACGAGACGCACAGUUAUUGUUAUUUAUGUAUUGCAACGAUGAUAGUACUGAAUGCAUUUUCAAGGCAUCAAUGGAUGCUCCACUGUAUGAGAUGCUUUAACAUGUCGGAAAUAUUAUGAAGAAUGUGUUUUGACUGAACAAUAAACUACCUACAUGCCUUUUUAAUGGCUUCUCCUCAGCAUAAUGCAAGUCAUUAAAACAGUGUUAAGUGUCA